AUGAAUUGGAACAAUUACCAUCGUCUGGAUGUUAUUCACUCAUUGCUAGAUGACCUGGAAUACGACUACCCCUCCAUUUGCACAUCUGGUAUCAUUGGCAAGUCACUAGAAGGAAGAGAUUUGAAGAUACUAAAGAUAUCAAACAGUGAUGCUAGCAACGCGUGUGUAUGGAUGGACGCCGGUAUCCACGCCAGAGAAUGGAUCGCUCCGGCGGUCAACACGUAUAUUGCUGAUCACAUCGCGAGGAACUUCCAUGAACUGCCUACAAGUGUCACGAAUAAAGACUGGUAUUUCCUCCCCGUAGUGAAUCCAGAUGGCUACGAGUAUUCACACGUAAGAGAUCGCAUGUGGCGCAAAAACAGAGCAUGGCACGGCGGGCAAUGUGUCGGAGUCGACCUCAAUAGGAAUUUUAGUUACGGCUAUGGUGGCCCUGGGUCUUCAGAUAACCCAAACCAUGCAUUUUUUAGGGGACCCGAACCUUUUUCGGAACCAGAAUCCUGUGCCGUAAGAGACAUGUUGUCGAGCUCGGGUAUUUCUUUUAAAGUGUACAUAACCCUGCACAGCUAUGGACAAGUGAUUUUAUUCCCGUUCGCCUUCACCGACAAACUGUGUCCCGAUUACAUAAGAUUACUUGAAGGAGCCACUGUUAUGUCUAAGGCAAUAUACGACUGCAAUGGUAACAUAUACAAAGUUGGUAUAUCCCGUGACGUCAUGUACGGCGCUGCGGGAACCAGUAAUGACUGGAGCUACGGAGCCGCGCAUAUUCCCUACUGCUACCUCAUAGAACUAAGAAGCAAGGAACACAAAUUCAGACUGCCCAAAGAAGAAAUCGAAGAAACGGGUAACGAAAUAUUGAACUGCGUUAAAGCACUCAUGGAGUUUUUAGACAAUCGGCCACUUGAGAAAAAAGAACCUACUGAAAUUUGA